UUAUCUUAUCUUAUCUUAAAGUCCACAGAUCUAUCUGCAAAGUAUACCAUCACGCUAAAUUUUCAGCAUUUUAGUCAGUACCCAAAAAAUUAUUUAAUGCGCAUGUCCGUAUUUACAUUUAUGAAAUAUUCUUCCGCAAAUCAUGUAUGGAUAGAAAUAUUCUUUUAUUCAUUUUAAGUUGAAAUAAUAUUACAAAAAUCUUCACUUUUAUUGAAUAUUUUGUUAAAUUUACGCUAUUUUAUGUGUGGUUAUUUUUCAACUUAUUUUAAAAUGGACUACAUUUUUUAGUAAAUAUUAAAGUGUGUGUUAUUCGGUCCAUGGAUGGAGAAAAAAUAAAAUACGCCGAAACAUGAUUAUAGGUCACAUUUAUCGCUAUUAGCAGUCAAUAUCAUCUUAACAAUCAUGUCAAAUUGUGAGUGUUCAACGCGAAUUAUUCCUGCAGUAUGUGCGUGGUCCAUUUUGUUGGGAACAAGUGGGACAUUUAUAGCAUUUGUGUUCCCCUAUCUGCUGACAAUCACCAUAGGAUUGCCUAUAUAUGUUGGUCUUCUCACAUUAUUUGUAAUAGCCAACUUUGGGCUUGCUACUUUUAUGGAUCCAGGAAUAUAUCCAAAAGCCCAUGAGGAUGAGGUUAAGGAUGAUGAUUUUCGGGCACCUCUAUAUAAGAAUGUGGAGAUUAAAGGGAUUACAGUGAGAAUGAAAUGGUGCACAACCUGCCAGUUUUAUAGACCUCCUAGAUGCUCACACUGUAGUGUUUGUAACACAUGUAUAGAGACAUUUGAUCAUCACUGUCCAUGGGUGAAUAAUUGUAUAGGACGUAGAAACUACAGAUAUUUUUUCCUUUUCCUGUUAUCACUCAGCACCUUAAUGGUGUCCUUGUUUACAUUAAGUCUCCUACAUGUACUUAAUCAUAAAGACAAUUUGGCGCUUAUAGGAAAUAUUGUAUGUAUAGUAGUUAUGUGUAUUAUAGGACUUCUGAUAAUCCCAGUUGGAGGAUUAACAGGGUUUCAUAUAGUUCUUGUUUCCCGUGGUCGUACAACUAAUGAACAGGUGACAGGGAAAUUUAAAGGUGGACAUAAUCCAUUUACAAGAGGUUGUUCUAAAAACUGUUCUUAUGUUUUAUUUGGACCCACAUGGCCAAUAUUAAAGUCUUAUGUACGUAAAACUAGAACUAUACAGAUAGACUCGGCCAAGGUAACUUAUAUAGCAGCUGACAAAGAAGUGAAGGUGUAUGCUGACACUAGUAGUAAUGGUGUUAAAAGAAAUAUGAAAAAUGACCGCGACGGAAUGCGUUUGUCACUUGUAGAUGAUUACGAUGAUGGCGACUUCACGUCUACUCAGUCCCAGGACAGUGUUAGCCUUGAUAUUGCUUCAUCUAAAGAGAAACAUUCUGCCUCUUACACAAAUCUUUUUGACCCUUCGCAGACCAUGCCGGUAGGUGCCACAUACCAGCAGACAAGGGCUAGCAGCAGUAGUCCUCGGGUAUCUGGAAGAAGAGACAUACGGUAUGAUCAUUCUCCAAGACCAAAACAAGUUUCCCACCCAUCACUUAAUAGACCAACUAAACCUCCUUUAGCAGUGGCUGAAGAUUUUUCACCUGAAAGUGGCAAACCUCCUAAAGGUAGACUUAAUAUUAACAGCCCUGGGGCUGAUAGAUCAAAUAUUGGUAUUGUUAAGCCCAGACCUGGGCAAGCAAGACCUUAUCAUGACCAGCCAAGAGGUCAUGGUCAAAGGUCACAGAAGUUAAAUGGUUAUCCAAUUAGAAGUUCUAGUGAGGAAAGAUUCAGGGAUUUAGAAAGAAAGCCAGUUGAAUCAAAAACUAGUUCACAAGGAUAUAAUAGAUAUCCUGACGAAAAGACACGUAGAUCUAAUGAAUUUUUAGAUAAACGAGGUGGUGCCCAGCAGCAUUAUCCUCAACAGGGAACCAGUAGAACGUUACCCAAUGAGAAUAGAUAUGGUAAUAAUUAUCCAGCCAAUCAGAAUAGAUAUUCACAUGAUGCUGGUGGUGAUCCAAAUGACCCUGACUAUAAAAGACCCAUGUCUUUCGUGAAAGCUCUUGAAAUGAGUGAAAUAAUGCAGACUCGUGAUAAAGAUCAGAAAGAGAGACAACGACGGGAGGAAAAAAAGAAAAGUGUUUACGAUUCAGCAUAUGAAAUUUCUGUGUAAAAUAAGAACUUUGAGAUUAAAUUAUAGUGUUUCUUUUGAUGUUGUAAAUAUAUAUUAUCCAAAAGUAUGUGUAAGGUUUUUGAAACUAUUCAAGUGCACAAUUCUUAUUUUUUUAAAGGGUCUACAAUUAUCGAAUAAUUUUGCUUUUAACUUAAGCCUUUUCACCUAUCUGUUUCUUUUAAAAGCUUGUUAUCUUGAUAGCUGAUAAGUUAGUUUUUAAAGCUAUGUAUAAGUUCAGGAUAUUUAUUGUAACACGACGUUUUAUAACAGAAAUGUUAUGCUGAGAUUGUAAAAAUAAUGUUUUGUAAACAGUCAAAUAAGUACCUUAUUAAUUGAUAAUUCUGUUCUGCACCAAUCCAUGUUAUUUGGCAACAUUUUGUUGCCUAAAUCUGUUUAAGGUCACUUUCUUUUAUAAUUUUGCAUAGAAAGUGUUAAUAGAAUAAUGAAAUUAUUUUUUCUUAAAUUGGUUGUAUUCUUGGAUUUAAUUUAACUUGAAAUUCAAACUGCCUGCUUUACUCUGCUGUAACUGAUAGUGAUUGUUUAUCACCAGUAAGUCCAGUAAUUCUAAGUCUAUAUCAGUCUGUGUAUAGUAAAGAUAACCAAUGAAACUUCAGAUAGUAAACCAGUCAAAAAUUAAAGCAACUGAUUGGUCAAAUGAAUAUUUCUUUUUUGACUGGUCCACAGUUUUCAUAAUAUUGGACCUAAUUUUUAAAUCAAUAAAACAGUAAUGUAUAGAUGCUUUAAUGCUUGCAUGAUUGGUGGAGAAAGAUUGUAUAGUUGGUGUUGAUUUAGCAUUCCAUGUCACAUGACUUGUUCUCUGUUUAUAGUUCUAGUUGAUUUCUUUCAGGGAUUCUGUGUAUCAUUUUAUAGUCUUAUUUAUAAUCAUUGUUUUUCCUUUUUUGUUUUUUUUUCUGAUUUUAUCAUGGUACAUUAUGCUCCUGAGUUUUGAGUUUUACAAAUUAUUGUUUUGAUGGUCAUUCUUCAUAAUAACCAAUAAGUGUUAAGAUUAUGUUUUAAGAAUAUUUGAUACCACUUUCCUGGAACAGUGCUUCUAAGAUUUUAAAGCAUUUUGUUUAUUUUUAUUAGAUUUAUAAUGGUUUUAAAAUUGCAAACCUAUUCAAAUAAUAAAACAUGUUGUCCUGCUCCUUAACUUUCUGUUGAAAGAGACUUUCAGACAAAAUAACAAUUUUAGAGACAACAGAAAAUAACAAAUGAAUAUAAACUUAGUAAUGACUUAAGUUUAAUCAAGUUAAGUAAAAAAUUCAUUUAUAGCCAUGUCAAGCAUAACUGUUAUUUUAACUUUAUGACAAAAUAAUAUUCUAAUUUGUAUUCAAGACACAUUUUUUUUUAAUCAAGUAUAAGGACAAAUUAGGCAGUAAAGCUAGUUAUAUGGCAUUUAAAUUAAUGAUUGAUCAGUGUUUAGACAUGUGCUUAUUUUGUGUAUUAGUUGCAUGAUUUUAUUAUUCUGGAAAUUUAUUUUAAUAUUGAUUCAUCAACACUUUUAAAUAUGCUGGACAUUUUUCUUACUGUAGAGGAUGUUCACAAGAAAAAGACAAAAAAAAACAUUAAAAAAAUACUUUUAGAAAAUAAACUGUUGCUUUGUUAAUAACUACACCAAAUUAAUCUUAUCUCUAUUUCGUUUUUAAAUAUUUAAAAUUUCCCUCUUACUUGCUCUUCAUCAUUUUAUAUGUUCUGAGUUGUUUCAUUCAUUGAAAGAAAUUGUCAUAAUUAGUACAAAGCACUGCCAGUCAUAUACUUAAUUAAUGAAACAUUAAAAAUAAAAUCCGUAAAUAAAUUGACAAAAAUACAGAAAUUAAUUUAUACUGAUGGGUUAAAUAGAUCUACUAGGUAUGCCAUUUUUGCCAAGUCAGUUUUUGUGUGUCAGGAAACGCCACUACAUGUAGAAAAAGAAUUAGAUUUUACACCUUAACAAUAAAAAUUUAACUCGCCUCGUUACUAUAUUAUUAUCAUGUAAAUUUCACAUCAAAUAUAAAGUGUAUCGAAACAGUUUUUUAAUCAUUUGUAAAUUUUUGGAAACUAAAGGAGGUAUAGGAAUUAUUUGUCAUUUGAAAAGAAUUUAAUAGACUGUCAUACUUCAAAAAAAAAAUGUCAUGUAAAAGACAAGACACAAAUUCAACUAGUUGUAACUAUUCCAGUCCAAAAGUUCAUACUGGUAGUUAAAAUACCUUAUCCACACCAGGAAAGAGCCUUAGGGGUGGGGUGGCCUGUAUACUUAACAGUCUAAAAAGUUUCACUACAGUUGUCUGUUAAAAAUUCUUUCACCUUAUGAACAUAAGCAACAUUUGAAACUUACCAGCAUGGUCAGCUUGUACAUACAGUUCAACCUAUUCCAAGCAACACCGUUUGGGAUUGUUUCUGAGAUUUCAUGCUCUUGAGGUAAAAUAUAUUGUGAAGUCUUUACCUUUAGAAGAAGUUUAUAUCUAAAGAAUGGGUAGCUCUGUAGAGAAGGUGUCAAUGUUUUUGUUGUCUAACUGGGGAGUUUUAUUGGCUACCUGGUUUUAUUAAUUUGACACUGAAUUUCAUUCAAAGCAGCACAAGUCGAUUAGACAAAUGAAGCAGGGUCAAUGCUUAAUCACUGCUAAACAGAUGGCAAUUCAAAGAAUGGCAAUACCAUUACACAAUCUGUACAUGAUAAGAAAUGGUAAAGCUUAUUGAGUUUUGACUAUGAAGUAUUCGGCCUUAAACCCUUUGUCUGCUGGCAACCGAAGAAUCUACCCAUGUGACCAGUGCAGACCAAGAUCAGCGGACAUAUCUGUGCCUGUAGCCCCGAUCAUUGUCUGCACUGUUCGCUGUUCUUAAGUCAGUAUUUAUUUUUUGCUUUCUUGUUCACUUACCUAAACUGAUAAAUGGUUUUGUCUUAAUUUAAAGAUGGAUAAGUCCAUUUAAACUUAUGAUGUUAAUCUGCUUGUUAUAUCCAUCACAUGACACCUGUUUUACACAUGUAUAUAAUUCUAUAUAUUCAAAAAAACCAACAAAAUUGUGUAUAAAUAUUCAGUCACAUGAUAUGCUGUAUUUCGUAUGUUAGAAAUCCUCAUAAGAAAUUCAUUACAUCAAUGUAUAAAUUCAUUUCUGCAAGUGGUCCAGCUACUUAAUCAGUGUCUCCAUUACGAACAUUAUUUAUUAUUUACAUUGUAAGAUAGCCUUGUAAGAAUAUUUCCUAUUAUUUGAUUUAUUCACAAACAUCAUUAAGCCAUGUUCAAGCAUUGUAUAUGGCGAAUCAUGCAGAGUAGAUUAAUAGGAAAUGUGAAAUGUAGUGUAUUUUUAGAUCAAAGUAAUCAAAUGUUAGAAAUAUCACAGACAAUAAUUUUCUUGUGAAUGCAAGGCUGCCAUGGAGCAUAUUAUAACACAACAGCACCACACCCAUCCAUUUCUACCUUCUCUCAUGUAAUGUUGACUUGCUUAAGCAAUUCUGUGUCAAUCAGUUUUUGACCUGUUAGAAAAUAUUGGACUUUAUCAAUUUACCAUUUUAAUUUACACAAAAAAAUGCAGGCUUGUCACAUGUAUCAAUAUAGGAAGUAUUUAUAUUUAUUUUAAGAGAAUAUAUUUAUUUUUCGAGCAAUUGUGUAAUAAAAAAAGGGAAUUUUCUAACAGUUUUCAAGAUCCAAUUUCCUGCCACUCUUGUUUAUUGAAUAGAUUUAACCUAGUAAAUUAAAUUUAUGUUGGAAUAAGUUUGGGUAAUAAACCAUAGUAAGCCACAAUUUUCAGGAUAUGAUUUCAUUAAAUUACAAAAGAUAACUCUGUGAAGUAGCUAGUUUAGAAAUUUUACUUGAAUUUACAUUAUAGCCAAAAAAUUCCAAAAGUAUGAAAUCAGGAAUGCCUAAUAGUUUAUUAAUUGUGGAAUGCUAAAUAACAACAUUUUGUAAAUGAAGUGAAAGAGAAAACAUACAUUGUGUAGUUUUACACCAAUUUUAUUAAUAUAAAACCAGUAUAGAAAUUGUUGAAAACUUUGUUUAUCUAUUCAAAUAGUCCAUUACUACUUUGUUUUCUCGAUUGUUCCCUCUUUUAUUUCAAAUAGAUGUUACAAACUUCAUAGAUUUUUUUUUCUCUGAAUAGAUCUCAUUUUAUUGUUGGUUAGUAUUGAGAAUUUAGCUUACUGUUUGAAUGUACCUGAUAACAUGAAUGUACCUGAUAACAUGAAUGUACCUGAUAACAUGAAUGUACCUGAUAACAUGAAUGUACCUGAUAACAUGAUUUUUAAGAUGUCAUGUCCUAUAGCAUGUUGACAAAGCUUUUGAAUAAUUUGACUUAUUGAUAAAUAAGCUGGGUCACGACAAAACCAACAUAGUGCGUUUGCGACCAGCAUGGAUCCAGACCAGUCUGCGCAUCCGUGCAGUCUGGUCAGGAUCCAUGCUGUUCACUUACUAACUCUUUUACAAGUAGAGAAACUGAUAGCGAACAGCAUGGAUCCUGACCAGAGUGCGCGGAUGCGCAGGAUGGUCUGGAUCCAUGCUGGUCGCAAACGCACUAUGAUGGUUUUGUCGUGGCGCGGCUCAAAUUAAAUUGUAUUAUAAACUGAUUGUCCAGUGAUGCUUGAAUUAUCCCGUCGUUAAGAUGUAACUAAGCUACUGUUAUUAAGGGUAGUUCAAUGUGACAGGUCUCCAGUACUUUUUGGCAUUUCCUGCCGCAGUUUUAAUAUUUUGAUGCUAUGAUGUUUUACAUAAAUGAAUUUGUUCAAACUGUUUCAAACUUCAAAACAGGACAAGUAAAUUACAUGUAUACAAAUUGAUGACGGAAAAUAAAUUGUAAUCAGUUACUGUUAAGUUGGAUAAGAUAUUUAGUUUACUAGUUUUCUAAUUAAAGAGUUUAGAAUUACAUAUCAGUAAAUUGUUAUCUGUUAACUUGAUCAUAAAAAUGGCAACAAUAAAUUGUUGAUUAAUUACCUGUAUUUUGUUCCAAGUCUUAGGUGUAUUUUAUUUAUUUUAUAGCUUUAUCAGAAUUUCUUGGUUAUUCUUAAUGUAAAUGUUUUCAAUUUUUUUAGAAAAAAAAAAACUUUCAAAGAAAAAUAUGCUUUUCAUAAAUGGCUGCUUUAUGGAUGUUUUGUAAAGAAUGGGAUGUCAGCCAAAUGACAGAAUUCUUGGCCUCUUAAAAUCUGUUUUAAAAAUAUUUUGCAGCUUAAUAUUAUUUUGUUAGAUAUGAUUCAUUGUGGGUAACAACUUUGUGUCAAUGAAAUAAUUAUUUCAAUUUUUGUUAAACAUGGCAUAGUUUUUGAGUGAAUCUGUUAUAUAAAUACAAUAUAUCAUCAUUUGUCACAAAUUGUGUUUUCCUCUAUUAAUAUGAUGUAUUUAAAGUAUUAUUAUACUAAUAUCUAGGGAGUGACAUUGAAUGCUGUGUGGGUACUAAUUCUGAAAUUAGCCUAAUGAGGAUAGAUAUAUAGACAUGUAUUAUAUAAAUUACACAUGGCUGUUCGAGUUUUUAUAAAUGAGCCGUGUCAUGACAAAACCAACAUAGUGCGUUUGCGACCAGCAUGGAUCCAGACCAGCCUGCGCAUCAGCGCAGUCUGAUCAGAAUCCAUGCUGUUCGCUUGCAAACCCUAUUACAAGUAGAGAAACUGAUAGCGAACAGCAUGGAUCCUGAUCAGACUGCGCGGAUGCGCAGGCUGGUCUGGAUCCAUGCUGGUCGCAAACACACUAUGUUGGUUUUGUCGUGACGCGGCUCAAAUAUUGUCAGCCUGAGAACUGACAUACUGCUGAGGGGUAAUAUACCAGUUUAAGGGUUGACUAUAUCAACUAACAUCACUGAUAUUAUUUUAAUAUGCUGAAAUUUACAUAAAGAAGGGUGAUAUGAGAAAUAUUGUCAUGAAAAUAUUCUCUCCCGAGUGUGAUAUUUAUGUGCUCCAGGUAGAUAUAAAAAAUAUAUCUUUGGGGAAUAUUCUCUUUGAGGAAGAUAUUUAAUCAUAACGCACAUUGCAUUAUAGGUCUAUUGAUGUUUUAAUUUGAAGCAUAUAUUAAGGUACAUAGGAACUUAGACUAAGGUAUGAUUUAACCCCCUGUAUGUAUUGACCCCUUUCAUAAAUAAAAUAGUAAAACUCUUACUUUUGCUUUCGGUUUGUAUCCCAACAGAUCUGGCUUACUUCCCUUGUAUUUAUUAUUUUUAAGUAAUUCUAUUCUUAAAGCCCAUACCUAAAACACCUUAAUAUCCUUUCUUGAAUUGCCUAAUAUACUUAGUAAAAUUGUUUAAUUUGAUUUAUUUCUGGUGCUAGUUUUGGACAUGAUAUGCCCGUGUCAUGCACCUGUGUUGAGUCAUAAUGCUUAUUAUAUGUAACUUCAUAUACUGACUGCUGUACAUUGUUAGUGACUGAAAGUGAUUUUACUAACUCAGAUAAUUGAUUUCUGAAAUUUAAAGCAGGGCACAUUAGUUUAUUUAAGCUAACCAUAGGGAAUUCAGGAGUUUUAUAACAUUGAAUAAUAGAAGAUAAUUAAAUAAGGAGGGAAUUAUUCUGAAUAAACUGAUUCACUAAAAGGUGUGCAAUUUUGAUGUGUUUUGUGUAUAACAAAUGUUAUAACACAUUAUAGGUACAAAUUAGCAAAUUGAAUGCUGCAUUGUAAACUUGUCUUUUAAUUUUAUGAAGUAUUAUAUUUUAAGGUAGAUAUCCUGAAUCAAUAUAUGAAAAUUUAAUUAUCAAAAGUGUUUUAAACAUUUUGUUACUGCUUGUUGAUUGUGUUUAUACCUCAGUUUGUUUUAGCUGCCUUUUUUGGUUGCACGAUUAGUUUUAACAGGGCUUUAUACUGCUAACCUGGGAAUUCCUGGAUAUACAUGGUCAUAAAUGUUUGAUUUAUCAGUUUUAAUCUACAUAACACUUUAACUCUAUGUGGCGAUAGAUAAUAACACAUGUUGCUGCUAGUGUACAGCCGGGCCUGAGCCUGUAUGACUGUGCCGUCUGACCACAUAGUCAUAAUACUUGAUAAACAAGUUGAAAUCCCUUAAAAAAAUUGAGAGCUGAAAAUUCAGAAUUGGACAACAAAAUCAGUUGUGAAAAAAAAAUGGAGAGCAUGAAAUUUGUUUGGAGUAAAGAACAUCACCUAGAUUCCUUGAAGGGGCUGUUGUUAAUUUGUUCUUCAAACUUACAUAGUAAGGUAAACAUACAUAGUAAGGAUAUUUUUGCUUUGACCACCUCCCCACUAACUUGUAAAGAUUUAAAUCAAAUAUCUAAUAGCAGUAAAAAUCUUCCUUUAAUAUCAGUAAGCACUCCUUGAUAAAAUGUAUGUGAUAUAACACUAUGAUUAUUGGUUGCCAAAUUUGUAAAUUUAUUACAUGCCACAGAUGGUCAACAUUUAUUAUAUUACAUGUUUCAUUAUAUAAAUACAAAUGUAUGUAUAUCACUACAUUAAUGUUUUCACCAAUUUGACCAUAAUUUUAUCAAGAUAAGUGUAUAAUAAAAAAUCAAAUUAGUAUGCUUUCCUUUCUAUCAAGAAUUGAAUUAUUUCUUUUUAAUUUUUCCUAAAUAUACUGAAGAGAAACGAGAGCUUCUGAUGUACUAUAAGAAUUUAAUCAUUUGUUCACAAGGGUGAUUUUUAAGUUAUUUUACAUAAAGAUUAGGAUUUUUAUGUUCACUUAAUCCAUAAUGAAAUUCCUGGAAAUUAAUGCUUGAUAAUUAUUACUAACUUGUGAAGAAAAAUGCUGUUUAAACCUGUUUGUGCCAUUUCUGUAAUUGCCUUUGCUAAUUUAUAUCGAGAAUAAGAGGUUCAUUUAUUUUUGUUAAAAGUAAUUUUAAAAGGGGAGAUAAUUUUGGUAUACACAAGUGUAUGUGUACCAUUUUUAAGUAUAAAAGGGAGAUAAUAAAGGUAUGUUUUUAAUUUUGGGAGUAUAAAAGGGGAGAUAAUACUGAUUCAUGUAUAGGUGACAAAAUUUCAUGUAUUUUUGUAAAAUAUUUAAUUGAACAGGAUGUAUGAUUUUGUGAGCCGCACCAUGACAAAACCAACAUAGUGCGUUUGCGACCAGCAUGGAACCAGACCAGCCUGCCCAUCAACGCAGUCUGAUCAGGAUCAAUGCUGUUGGCUUAAAAACUAUAAUACAAGUAGAGAAACUGAUAGCGAACAGCAUGAAUCCUGAUCAGGCUGCAGGGAUGCGCAGGCUGGUCUGGAUCCAUGCUGGUUGCAAACGCACUAUGUUGGUUUUGUCAUGGUGCGGCUCAAUGUUUAAUUGAACAGGAUGCAUGAUUAUGUUAUGUUUUGUUUUUAUGUAGCCAUGUAUUCUGUAAAUACUUGUACAGUGUAUUAGUUUAUUACUUUAAAUCUGUUGUAUUCUUAAUGUACUGUUUUAAAUGUAUUUUUUAAUAAAAUGAAGAAAAAAAAAUGUGAUAAAAGAAGUAAAGUAACUUAAGAAACCA